UGCAUAGGGCAACUAGAGCUUGGAAGAGAACUGAGGGGCAACUAUCCAGCACUGAAGUUCAUCCGUUAAAAAUGAGUAAAAUUCUGUGGUUUGCUUUCCUAUUCGUUCUUUUUCAUAAAGGUAACGCAGAAACAGAGUGUGAUGCAUCUGACGGCACAAACGUCAAAUGCAAAUUUUUUGAAGACAUCAGCUCUACACGGACAAACUUUGCAUUAUAUUUUUAUUACGAAAAUGGCAAAACAGAAUUGCUGGCUGACUGUUCAUGGGUGAAUGACAAUCUUCAUUGCAUCGAACAGGAAGGCGUUAAAUGCAAACAACCUGUGUCAGACGUGGCUGAAAUAAUCGUGCCUAUAAAAUUUGCAAGCAGACUUGGGGCAUACGGAUGCACGACUGGCACUUUAAGCCUUGAAAACAUCAAACUCUGCCGAUCUUUCAACACCCAAAGUAAAGUUGAAGAAGGUCAAAAUGACUUAAAAUACCAGCACCUCCCGAAAGAGAACGCAGAUUUCGACACCAUUACAAAUUUUAUUGGUUCUGUUCUUCCUGCUUUCUUUGCUGGUUUGAUCCUAAUGGGACUAGUAAUUGGACUAAAAGAUUUCGACAUCAUUGCAAAUUUUAUUGGUUCUGUUCUUCCUGCUUUCUUUGCCGGUUUGAUCCUAAUGGGACUACUAAUUGGACUGAAUAAUGUGAUGAAAGACGUCAAUCAUUGAAUAAGACCCUGCAAUGAAUGCUAUCCUUCCGAGGGAAAAAAUUACGUAAUUACAGAUUAAAUCCCUUUGUAGCACCAUCAACUGUCUGCGAUGGAUCGUGGGAAUCCUAGGUCUUGAGUUCCGGAGAACUAGACUAUUCUGAGAAGACCAUGUGUAGCGGAAUUAUUGGCUCCUUACCGGACACACUACGCUGACAUCAACUGUGCCGCUCUGACAGCCAAAGUGGAAAUUCAUGAAGAUAAUUUCCACAUGUUUUCUGUGUUUUGGUUAUAUAUUAUCCUACUUGGACAACUUAAUCUCUGAAAUAUCCCUUGUUUAAUAUGCAAAAUGUAUUUAUGAUACUAAGGUUAUUUACAGUGUAAAUAAAAAUAUAUUAGUAAUUAAAAUUUGCACGGUUUUCUGCUGAAAUACGAACACAUUUCUUUAGUUCAGCUAAUUUGUGCCAGUAUUUUUUCUAAGUACUUAAAUUAACAUAUCCAAACCUCAGCCUUUAUAGUAACUAAAUUAUAACGCUCAUUUUUAACUUUUUAAAAUCCCUUUCACUAUAGAGCAUUAUUUUUAUUGCAAAUUAUCUUACGGUACAAUAUAAUAUCAUGAGUUCAAAAUUGUUUAAACAUUUCAAUUAUGAAAUGGCUCCUUCCUCAAAAAUAAAGUUUUCUGCAGUUUCUAAGCAGCUGCUAAACCUUGAAGCUGGUGAUAUUUAUUAAAUAGGUGUACACGAGCAUACGCAUAAGCACACGAUAAAACAAGAGAAAAAGAAAGGCACUGGGCAAAACUGUAAAAUAUUUUAAUUUUUUUAUAGCCAUUCAGCUGCCUGAUCACCUAAAACCGUUUGCUCCUCACUUCGCAUGUCGAGCAUUGUGAAAGUUAAAUGUAAUCAUACAAACUCCCUUUUCUCCCUGUAUCCAUGUUUUCUUCUCAUUUGUAAUUUCUUAAAUUGUUUUACCAAAAUCUAUGUAUAAGUGUAUUUAAAAUGAUAUAGAUAUUAGAUUUCACAUUUUAUGUAUUAAAUAAAGUGUAAUUA